GGGAGUAUUCAUAUAUAAGCUGAAGUCGGGAUUGAAGAUUUUAUCAGUUAUUCAAAUUUUCGUGAAGUCAACUAAUCCGAACCCAACGAUCAGCGAAAAUGAAAUCCUUCGUCGCAGUAUUCGCCGUAGUAGCCCUGGUCGUAGCGUCGGUUAUGGCCGCGCCCCAGCAAGGACAGGACGCCACACCGAUCCCGAUCGUUUCCCAGUCCUCGAACCAGAACCCGGACGGAAGCUUCAACUACGCGUACGAGUCGGCCAACGGCAUCAAGGUGCAGAGUGAUGGCGAAGCCAAGCAGAUCCAGGUCCAGAAAGAGGACGGAACGGGCUCGGAACAGGCGGUGGUGUCCGUCCAGAAGGGUUCGUACUCGUACAACGCUCCAGACGGAACGCCCAUCUCGGUGCAGUGGACCGCCGACGAGAACGGAUUCCACGCCCAGGGAGAUCAUUUGCCGGUGGCACCGAUUGCUUAAGGUGAAGAGUGGCGGUGUGGAGAAGUGAUUUCA